AUGACAACAAUGGAAGGGGCCAGCGGGUCGAGUUUUGGAAUAGACACGAUUUUGUCCAGUGCCAGUUCGGGCAGCCCUGGCAUGAUGAAUGGAGAUUUCCGCCCUCUGGGUGAGGCCAGGACUGCGGAUUUUAGGAGUCAGGCCACCCCAUCCCCUUGUUCGGAGAUUGAUACCGUAGGAACGGCGCCUUCUUCUCCUAUCUCGGUCACCAUGGAGCCCCCGGAGCCGCAUCUGGUAGCAGACGGGCCCCAGCAUCACCACCACCUCCACCACAGCCAACAGCCGCCGCCGCCGCCAGCCGCAGCCCCGACGCAAAGUUUGCAGCCUUCGCCCCAACAGCAGCCGCCGCCGCCGCCGCCGCAGCAGCAGCAGCAGCAGCCGCCGCCCGCCCAGCAGCUGGGAUCGGCCGCCUCAGCCCCCAGGACUUCCACCUCUUCUUUUUUAAUUAAGGACAUCUUGGGCGACAGCAAACCUCUGGCGGCGUGUGCACCCUAUAGCACUAGCGUCUCCUCUCCCCACCACACCCCGAAGCAGGAGAGCAACGCAGCGCACGAAAGCUUCAGGCCAAAGCUGGAGCAGGAGGACAGCAAAACCAAACUCGACAAGCGGGAAGAUUCCCAGAGCGACAUCAAAUGCCAUGGAACAAAGGAGGAAGGAGACCGGGAGAUUACAAGUAGCCGAGAGAGUCCUCCUGUGAGAGCCAAGAAGCCUCGCAAAGCCAGGACAGCUUUCUCUGACCACCAGCUCAAUCAACUGGAGCGGAGCUUUGAGCGGCAGAAGUACUUGAGUGUGCAGGAUCGCAUGGACCUGGCAGCUGCACUCAAUCUCACUGACACCCAAGUUAAGACCUGGUACCAGAACCGCAGGACCAAAUGGAAGCGGCAGACUGCGGUGGGCCUGGAGCUGCUGGCCGAGGCGGGGAACUACUCGGCGCUGCAGAGGAUGUUUCCGUCGCCUUAUUUCUAUCACCCAAGCCUGCUGGGCAGCAUGGACAGCACCACGGCGGCGGCUGCUGCCGCUGCCAUGUACAGCAGCAUGUACCGGACUCCUCCAGCACCCCAUCCCCAACUGCAGCGGCCCCUGGUGCCCCGCGUGCUCAUCCAUGGCUUGGGGCCUGGAGGACAGCCAGCCCUCAAUCCCUUGUCCAACCCGAUCCCAGGCACCCCGCAUCCCCGGUGA